UAAUAAUUAUUAAAGCUUUCCUCAGAUACCUCACAUUGAAUAAGUGCACAUUCUUACUCCAGACAGUAGAUGGCAACCUCUGCCUAUCUGAAAAUCAGUCUGCCACAGAAAAAUAAAAAACAUAAACACCUUUUACUGCGCAAGACUAUUUACGAGUUUGCUGGACUCAAAAAAAAAAGAUUAUGGCACUAGGCUCUCAAUCGCGUGAAAAUCGAAUGCAGUUGAAACACAAUAUUGGAACCUGCAUAGACACAAUUCAAGACAAGCUGUUCAUUCUAAGCCAAGACAUAUGGAGGUGUCCAGAGCUUGCAUAUGGGGAGAAACAGUCACACGACAGGCUCGUUCGUUUUCUCUCUGAUGAUAACUUAUGGGAGGUUGAAAGUCACUACAAACUGCCUACCGCAGUUAGGGCGACAUGGGGCCCAUUUGGUGGCAAAGACGGCGACAGAGUUUUGAAUGUGGGAUUCCUAUGCGAGUACGACGCGUUGCCAGGUAUUGGCCAUGCAUGUGGACACAACCUUAUAGCAGAAGUCGGUGUGGCUGCUGCACUAGGGCUGACGGGUGCAUUAGGAUUACUAAGAGAACCAACAGACUGUCUGACUCCUCUCCGUGUAAAGGUGACAGUUCUUGGGACCCCAGCAGAAGAGGAUGGAGGAGGGAAGGUUGACCUCAUCCUGGCUGGGGCAUUUGAAGACAUGGAUGUUGUCUUCAUGGCUCACCCCGCUCAGCAGGAUGUUGCCUUCCUACCCUGUGUAUCCAUCACAGAUGUGACAGUGAAGUACCAUGGGAAGGCGUCUCAUGCUGCAGCGUACCCCUGGGAGGGGGUCAAUGCCCUGGAUGCAGCAGUGCUGGCGUACAACAGCCUGUCUGUUCUGAGGCAGCAGCUGAAGCCAGACUGGAGACUCCAUGGCAUCAUCAAACAUGGUGGAGUGAAGCCUAACAUCAUCCCAGCCUACACCGAGCUGGAGUAUUACUUGCGCACUCCACUGGUCACGGACCUGUCUGACCUCAAAGCCAAGGCAGAGGCCUGCUUCAGGUCAGCUGCCAUGGCAACUGGUUGUCAAGUGGAGAUAACUUAUCUAAACCACACAUAUUCCAACAUCCUUCCCAACACCACCCUUGCACAGCUCUACGAAGAGAAUGGUAGAGCCUUGGGGAUUGAGUUUGUGGAAGUGCAGAACAAUUUCUCAGGUUCCACUGACUUUGGCAACGUGUCAUUUGUCGUCCCUGGGAUACACCCUUUCUUUUACAUUGGCACCGAUGCACUGAACCACACGGAGGAGUACACCGCAGCUGCAGGUGCAGAAAAGGCCCAGUUUUACACACUCCGGACGGCCAAGGCCCUGGCCAUGACAGCUGUGGAUGUGCUGUGCUGCCCUGAGCUGUUUCACAAGAUGAGGGUGGAAUUCUCUGAGGCCAAACUGAAGCAGGAGCAAGGACUGAAAGACAAGGACACGACUGGCUCCACACAUUCAUGAAAAAAACAAAAACAUUGAUGACCUCGUGAUUAACAGGAAGUAUUGAUUCAAACUACCUCUAGUCAGAGGCUGCUCUGCAAUCAGUGCAAAGUUGCUCAUGAUUUUCGAAGAAUGGUAAUCAUUGUUAUCAAUGAAGCAAUUCUAAUACACCGUAAAGCAAAGUUUCUAAUGAGACGCCACAGCAUUGCAAUUACUGUAAUAUGUCAAUUUCCAUGUCUUUAGGCCAGUUCCAAACAUGUUCUUCCAUUUCAGAUGCAAUGACUUCCUCUUUCUCAGAAAACAUCACAUUUAUUAAAUAUGUUUAACAAUGAUCACAACAUAGCUUUUACAUAGGUGUGUUGAGUGAUUAUGCUCAUAUUGAUUAUAAAAAAAUAAGGGGUAUUUGGAGACACAAUCUCUCCUAGUAAGACAAUAUAUCCAUCCUGUAGCUAUAUAUGAGGUUAUCUACGAGGUUAUUUAUUCAAAUGGAUUCAAAGGGGAAUGAACUCUAAAAACCCGAAACAACGAAUACAUUGAAUCACGCAUAAUAAUAUACACAAAGAGACAUUAACUUCAAAAGUCUCAAAAUUAGUGGAGAAGAAAACAGCCUAAAGUGAUUUGUACAUUUUGGCUUCAAAUAACCUAACCGGUUUGUUUCUUAUGUAUUCGUGUCACAGGUAGUUGUGCUAUUGCUGUGAAAAUGAGCACAAAGGUCAAAUGGUUGCUUAUUACCAACAAACUAGUGUUUAAGAUCAGAAGCAACGAUACAUAACAUCCAAAUAGUGUGUUCAUAUUUUAGAACUGCAAAUACGAAAAUGUAAAGAUAUCACCUGAAAUUCAGGCUUUAGAGUUUAAAGGGGAUAGCACUCUCCUGGUCACUGUCUAGUCAUAGUCAUGCUAAGUCACUAAUAUAUACACGUCAUGUCAAGGCCCUUCACCCAGUGGGCAAGCAUUCAAAUCUAAAACCUAUCAAUGUUGUUUUUCAGUUGCUUAGUUGUCCAUUGGUCACAAUCAAUAUGACACAAUCCCAAAAAGUUUGAAAUAAUCGUGACCAUAAUUUUAAAAACAUCUCAAUGUUAAAUAUAUAAUCAACAAGGGGCUAUACGUUCUAUGGAAAAUAAUUCACAACAUGUGUAAACAACAUUGUAUUUCAAAAUUUGACACUCCCAAAACAUUGCAAUCAAAAAUAGUUUUUUAACCCCGAUGCACCAGUUAUCAAUAUUAAUUAGUCUGAUGUUUGAGAAACCAUAUUGUAACUGAACAUUUUCAGUGGAUAUUUAAAUAAAAAUACUGCACC